CAGUUGGCGAAUCCGGACGCGAUUGAUAAACGUGUCCCGUCGUCGCAUCGCACCGCGGCAGUGGCAGCAGCACUCGAACCCCGAGCUAUCAGUCUCGCUCCGGUUAGAAAGUGAAGUGCGUGGAACUCUAGUCCUAGCUUAUCCUCGUAGUGUUUUAAGUUUAAAUUCGAAAAAAUGUAUACCUCUCUCGAGAAAUUGGGGCUCCUUUUCUUGGCCUACAUAGCUUACAAGAUCGGAUCCAAACUCCUGACUUUCUUGUUCUACUAUUUCGCCGCGCCCGCCCUCAGCCUGGCCGUAGAUUUGAAGCGCAUGGGAAAAUGGGCCGUGGUCACAGGAGCAACAGAUGGAAUCGGAAAAGCUUACGCCGAAGCGCUAGCCAAGAAAGGCCUUGAUAUUGUUCUGAUCAGUCGGACCAAAUCGAAAUUGGAAGAUGUUGCGGCUGAUAUCAGGUCUAACUACAAGGUGAACACAAAAAUCAUCGAAGCUGACUUCUCUCUGGGCGACGAGGUGUUCGCCACGAUCGAGAAGGAGUUGUACGGGCUGGAAAUCGGGGUGCUCGUCAACAACGUCGGGUUUAGCUACCCGUACCCUGACUACUUCCUCUCGCUGGAGAACAAGGACCGCAUCUACAAGACCAUCAUCCAGUGCAACAUCAACACCGUCAUCAACAUGUGCCAGAUCGUCAUGCCCGCCAUGGUCGAGCAGAACAAGGGAGUCGUCAUCAACCUCUCCUCCGCCAGUGCCCUCUUCCCCUGCCCCAUGCUCAGUGUCUAUGGAGCUUCAAAGGCUUUCGUGAUCAAGUUCAGUGAAGAUUUGGCGAGCGAAUACGAGAAGAAAGGAAUCAUCGUCCAGUGCGUCGCUCCCGGUUUUGUCGCGUCGGCCAUGAGCAAAAUUAGCAAGCCCACCUGGAUGGCCCCCUCGCCCAACAAGUAUGUUAGCUGUGUUUUGAAAACGGUCGGAGUCCAGAAGUUAACCAUGGGAUACUACCCUCACUUCUUGAUGGUUGGACUUCUGCAGUUCCUGCAAGGGAUUUCUCACUCCCUCGCGGCCGGUCUUGUCACCCGCACCCACGAGAACAUCCGCACCAGAGCUCUCAGGAAGAAGGAGCGUGAACUAGAGAAGGAAAUCUCUGCAGCUCAAUGAGUCUCGAAAACCAUCCCUCAAGCAAGGGCGCCGUUGCAGCCCUCUUAGACUGAACAAGGCUCUACACCGACCUUUUAUUGUUCCACUAAUUGUGAUAAACCAAGGGACCCCGAUGCAAGGCUUUCUGCAAGUGGAUUCCAGCGGCGUGGUGUGCUUUGCGAUUUAUCGAUUGAUCUGUCAUUUAAAUCUAUGGAAAAGGGUCGAUGAACAGGGUGACCUUAAUAAUCGAGCUUUUACCAUAGCUUCAAAUGGGGAAAUAUCGAUACUCGAUCAUUCACGCCGCGCCACUGCUGGAUAGACGCUAUUAGUAGCGACGUCAUCAUAGGGAUUCCCCAUUAUAUCGAAUUGGAUCCAAACAAAACAUUGGCAUAACUUCUUUCAAUGCUCCCAAUGCUGAAAAAUCUAUAUAUACUGCUUUUCUGUGACGUGGCACUAAUAGCGUCUAUAUCCUGCUGAAAACAACCAUCUUGACGCCUACCCGGUGCAAAUUUGCUCCCGGAAGGUACCAUGUUGAGAUCAGUAGGUACGUUACUAACACGAUGAGAUACUGGUUUCAUGAUGACCUCUUGGACUAAAUUAAUACCGUGCGUUAUUACUUUGUUGACAGUUUAUUGUUACCAACCUGAACUGAAACGAAUCAUGUUGGUAUCAGUUUGAUCUCAACAUGGUACAGAUUGAUGGCUGAAGUAAAACAAUGCGUAUCUCAGAUUAUGGUUUGAUAAAUCUACUCUUAAGUUUUAUUUUAUUUUUUUGAAGGGAAACUUAACUAUAUUUUCUAUUGAAAUAUUCUGUGAAAUUUCUUUAUUGUUUAAAAAUUUCAAACAAAAUUGCGAAGAAACAUCUUGAUAAGUUUUCUUUCGGAAAAAAGAGAUCUUAAAUGUUGCAACUAAAUACAUUCAGCAAUCGAAACUUGUGUGUUUUUAGCACUCUGAGAGAAUGAAUUAUCAUUUUUAAGAAAUCAAGCUUUCAAUACCACCUAAGCUAAGCAUUCUGUCAUCAUGAUGAUCUCAUCAUUCAGAAUUAUUAUUGCGGAAUCUAAGAUACCGUCAUAGGUUUAGUGCUAAGUCGAUACUUAGCUAUGAAAACGCGUGCCUUAUUUGGUAAAAAGUUGAAAGUUGUAAGUUGUGUUGUAAGUUGAAAUUUCCUCAAUGCACUACUCUUCUUAAGUUGAGAACCAACCAACGUCAUUUCUUGAAAGUUUGUAUCUUUACACUAUGUGUGAAGAAUAUGAUGUGAAAAUAUCAAAAGAUGGCCUGUUUUCUCGUCAGAAAACCCAAUAGAAACGGAUAAUAAUUUGUGGCACUGCACUUAAGGCACGCGUUCUCUGAGUUAUGCUGUCGAUAUAACUUGUUAUAAUAUUUGAGGGAGUUCUAAGAAGUUUAUGAAUCACUGUUAUUAAUCAAUCGAGAAAGCACUUGUUGGUAUCUAGUCGGUUCAAUUUUCGAAAAGAGUUCCUCUUGAAUUGUUAAUAGUUACGGCGCUGAGUCAUUCGAUUGUACUUGUUGAUUUUGUUUCUUUUUUUUUAAAAAUAGUUUUUCUCUCAUUUUCCUUCAUUUCUUUAAAUGUAUCCAAUGUCAUGUAAUAUUCCUCGGGUUUUACAAUUUGAACCCCAAAAUCGGUUAAAAAUUAUUUUUAUUUUGUUUGCCAUUGAGAGCGCUAUGAGUAAAGAGUUGAGUGCUCAAAAUAUGCCAAACUCUCAUUGAAAACCCACAUUUUAAAAGAAUAGGUAGUCGAUUUGACGACAAAAUUUAAGAAAAUACAGUCAAAUAAUGUUCCAUACGAAACAUUUCAUCUAGAAAAUGAUCGCCUUAAAUGCGGUUACUUUAAUUUUUUUCUAAGACCAUCUUGUGAUAAGGAUUUUUUCGAAUAAUUGAAUCCUGGAUUUUGUAAUUUAUUUGUAAAUAGUGGUUUUAAUUCUAAUUACAUCUUAUAGUUUUUCAA